CUCGCGAGCCGCAGCCACCCCCGCACAGGUGACACUUGCAAUUUUGCAAAUCACACUCCACCACCAGGCACCACGCCACCGGGAGAGACCUCUUCGCUGCAGGAAGGGCGGGCGCCAGCAGGCGUAGCAGCUAGCAGCAGAGCGCGGGGCGGUAUGGGCGUCCUGCGGAGCACGCAGAGCCUGCAGGCCGAGGUGGAGGAGAUGCGCGCCGCGCUGCUGCUCCCCGGUGGCGCUGCGGCCGGGUGGAAGCCCUCGGGCGGCGACGCCGGCGGCGAGGAGGGGGCGGCGGGCCCGCGCACCGUGUGCGUCACCGGCGGCAUAUCGUUCGUCGGGUUCGCCAUCGUCGACCGCCUCCUCCGCCAGGGGUACACCGUGCGCCUCGCCCUCGAGACACAAGAGGACGUUGACAAGCUGAGGGAGAUGGAGAUGUUCGGCGAGGACGGCAGGGACGGGGUGUGGACGGUGAUGGCGAACGUGAUGGACCCCGAGAGCCUGCACCGGGCGUUCGACGGCUGCGCCGGCGUCUUCCACACCUCGGCGUUCGUCGAUCCGGGCGGCAUGUCCGGCUACACGAAACAUAUGGCGAGCUUGGAGGCCAAAGCGGCAGAGCGGGUGAUCGAAACGUGCGUGCGAACAGAGUCUGUCCGGAAGUGCAUAUUCACCUCGUCCUUGCUAGCAUGCGUGUGGAGGCAAAACUACCCCCAUGACAGACGGGGCCCUAGUAUCAUCGACGAGAACUGCUGGAGCGACGAGAGCUUCUGCCGCGACAAUAAGCUGUGGUUUGCACUUGGCAAGACAGCGGCGGAGAAGGCGGCCUGGAGGGCAGCGCGGGGAAGAGACCUCAAGCUCGUCACCGUCUGCCCUGCGCUGGUCACCGGACCGGGAUUCCGCCGCCGCAACUCCACCGCAUCCAUCGCGUACCUCAAAGGAUCUCGUGACAUGCUCGCCGAGGGCGUCCUGGCAACGGCGAACGUGGAGACGGUGGCCGAGGCGCACGUCCGGGCGUACGAGGCGAUGGGCAACAACACGGCCGGCGGGAGGUACAUCUGCUACGACCAUGUGAUCCGGAGAGCCGAGGAUUUCGCCGAGCUGGAGCGGCAGCUGGGGAUCCCGAGCAGAACGGCGGCGUCCGUGCUGCAGAGCGGCGACGAGGACCGGCCGGCCAGGUUCGAGCUCUGCAAACGGAAGCUGGCGAGGCUCAUGUCCUCCAGGAGGAGGUGCACGUACGAUGACUACUACUACUCCGUAACGUCUCCAUAAGUUGCAAUGCAAGGACGAGCAGAGGAAGCCAUUGUUUUGUCUCUUGCGCUGCUGGUGGAUUUGAAGGCGGUUUGAUUGGUGUCGUCGCAUGGCGAAUCGGCGAUCGAGCACGGAUUGCAGUGACAAUAAGGAAGAAGGCCAAGGCGACCACCUCGUGGCCCAUGCUGCUUGAUGAGAUGAAAACCAGAAUGGAAGGCAAGGGAAUAUAGAGAAGUUGACUGUCCUUUGUGGAUGGGAAGGAGCAAUGUGCGCGCUAGUUAAUGUGAUGAUAUGUUCAUAGUGCGAUCAAUAAAGUUGCAUCGAAUUUUCUGUGCUGUCA